AUGCCCAAAGAUCAAGACCUGCCAUCGGACAAGUCACCUACCACAAGCAACCUGCAACGAAGCUCUCGCAUUCAGAAAGCACUACAGGAGGCUUCCGAUCAAGGAAAGAUAAAGAUUGAAGAUAAGAAUGGACAAAGAAGAAUGGAUAUGUUGAGAAGUCAUUUGAAUCCCGAUACUCAGAAACAAGAAAAAUCGUCACAUGUAACAACUUCAGAAAAAGGUGUCAAAUCAUCUACAAAAUCAUCAUCACCAGAACCACAAAAGCAACAAAAUGUAUUUCCAACCGAUGAAUUGACUGCAUAUCUUUCGCCUUUUUCUCCCAAAGAAAAUAAGGCAAGAGAGAAAGUUGUUCAAGCAAUGAGAGAUCGGCCUGACUUGUUUCAUCCAUAUGACAUUGAUCUUUCAAGAAUUGAGAAAUUAGAUUUAAAUUAUGAAAGAAUGAAGUAUUUGGUGAAGGAAAAGAAAUGCUUUUCUGUAGAUACAUUGGAGCAUGAACCUGCCACUCAUUUUGCUGCCAUGUCGGCUGUAGCUUAUUUUGAUCCUGCUCUUUCUGUAAAAACUAUGCUUCAGUUCAACUUUUGGGCAGGCACACUGUUGAGCCUUGGUACACAAAGGCACAGAAAAUAUUUUGACAAGAUUGACAGUUUAGAGCUCAUGGGAAGUUAUGCCAUUACAGAAUUGGCUCACGGGUCAAACGUAAGAGGAAUUCAAACAACAGCUACUUAUUGUGCUGAUAGUGACACAUUUGAAAUCCAUACACCAAGCAGAGAGGCAUGCAAAUGGUGGAUUGGAAAUUCAAGACAUUGUCACAUGUGUCUUGUUUUUGCUCAAUUAAUUGUUGGAAAGGAAAAUCAUGGAGUUCACUGUUUUGUGGUUCCAGUGAGAGAUUCUACUUCAAAUGAAAUAUUACCUGGAGUCAUAAUUGGAGAUUGUACUGUAAAAGAAGGCUUAGACAACUUGGAUAAUGGAUUUUUAUUGUUUAACAACGUUCACAUUCCAAGAGAAAAUUUGUUGAACAAGCACGGAGAUGUGACAGAAGCUGGAAAAUAUCAAAGUCCAUACAAAAAUGCAUCACAAAGAUUUGGAGCAAUGUUGUCUACUCUCACAAUGGGUAGAUAUUCCAUUUGUGGUAGUUCUACUGUUUCUUUGGCUAAAACUCUUGCAACUACUAUCGGAUUUUCUUUUGAAAGAAGACAAUUUGGAAUUUCCAACAAGCCAGAAAAUCCAGUGAUCAAUUUCCAAGCACAAAAACAUACUAUUUAUCCAAUGUUGGCAGAAUAUUUUGCAUUCAGAUUUGCAUCAAACCAUCUUCAUCAUUUGUAUGUCAACAGAACGCCAGAAACUUCUCAAACUCUACAUGUCCUGAGUGCAGGGUUCAAAGCUUACUUGACCGAUCGUAAUCAAUCCAGCAUACUCAAACUUAGAGAAAAGUGUGGUGGAUUGGGUUAUUCACAACUUAAUCGAAUUGGUCUUACAAUUGCAAAUCAUGACAUUUUCAAAACAUUCGAAGGCGACAAUACUGUGUUAUUCCAAGAAGUGUCUAAAUAUUUACUCGCAAAUUUUAAAAACAUCAUGUCCCAAAAGUACUCCAAUGUUUUCUCCUCUGUUGGCUAUUAUGUAUUAGAUUCUUUAAACAGUAAUGUGAAAGGUCGACAUUUAAGAAAUGCCACCGAUUUAUUAGAUUCAAACUUUUAUCUAACACUUUUUGAAACCAAGCUCGAAAAGCAAGUACAAUCAGUUGCCACUCGUUUCAGAGACAUUUUAAAUGAGCUUCAACUUUCAAAUAAGGAAAGCAUACCAAAAGAUGAAAGAAAAGAAGUCAACAAAUUCAAUGCAUGGAAUUUAGUUCAAACUCAACUAUUAGAAACAUCAAUUGCAUAUGUUGAAAAUGAAAUUCUUCAAAUAUUCCACAACAAAGUGAAGGAUUGUCCACACAAGCAGACCAAACAAAUUCUUCAAAAACAGCUUCACUUGUUUGUACUUGGUUUAAUUGAGAAAAACUCUACCUAUUUCUUAACACACGACUUGAUGUCUCCUAAAUUGGUCAAACAACUUGUCAAGGAGAAGGCAAGAGUUAUCUCAUCAAUGGAAGAUGGUGAAAUUUUGGGCUUAACAAAAACACUUGUACCAGAUGUGGUUUAUGCUCCAAUUUGUAAUUAUGAAGGAAUUAUGAAAGGUGUUGUCUCUACUGAUCCUUCACCCAUGUACGAUGGUAUGCUCAUUCAAGCACUGAACAAUAGACAACUGUUCGGAAAUGCAACUUUUGAGACGAUUGGAUUGCAAAACAUUAAACAAUAA